ACGCACAGUUCGAUCGCCAACUCUGAAAAAGGAGAAGUUUCAAGUCUCUUCAAAUCUCGGGCAUAAACAAACAAGAUGGUCAAGAAAGGGUUGCCAACGACUAUUUUCUGCGUCGUUUUGUUGGUUAUCAUUGGAACUUCCGUAGCCAAUGCUCAUCCACACUGCGAACGACCCUACGGCCACAUUAACAAGCCCGUUUGUGGGACCAACGGAGUAACUUACCCCAAUAUCUGCGUCUUCCAAAACGCAAGAUGUCGCAAUCCCGUCCUCGGGUUACGAUGCCAAAGGAGGUGUCGGGAAUGUUUCAUUGGAUAAGGUUACGAGUCCCACGCCCAUCUCCAACCUGUUCUUGGGCCACAGUAUUUCAUUGUAAACUUGUCUAAAAUUCUUCUAUGAUGUAUCUGUACCCUUAAUUGAAUUUAUUAUUAAUGGGCCUUGUAUCAUUUAUGAAAAAAAAAAUUAUAAUUAAAAAGUACUGAAAUCUAA